AUGGAGGAGAACGCGGCCGGGGGAGCCAACGAUACGGGCCGCUCUGGGGCGUGGCUGGCACCCCGGGAGGCCAGAGCAGGCCGGUCCCUGUCCACCGUUCUGAACGAGCUCCCCAGCGCCGCCACCCUCCGGUACCGAGGCCCUGGGGUGCUGCCCUGGGGAGCCCUGGAGGAGCAGGACGAGGAGGCGAGGGGCAGCCAGGCCUCCGCGGAAGCCGCCCCGAUGGACACGCAGGAAGCCCGCCCCUCGCGGGAGCUGCCGUGGCCCAUGCGGGCCCGACGGGCGCACAGGAAGAGCGUUGCUCGGGACCAAGUGGCCCGUGGCUCAGGGUCCAGGGCGGCGAACUGGGCCCGGAUGCUUCGGAGGUCCAGGGAGAAGAUGGAAGAAAAUUGGCGUACCCUGCAGCCCUGGGCCUGGACGCUGAAGAAGAUUGGGGGCCAGUUCGGGGCCGGCACAGAGUCCUACUUCUCCCUGCUGCGUUUUUUGCUGUUUCUCAACGUGCUGGCCGCCGUGCUACAGGCCUGCAUGACGCUGCUGCCCACCUGGUUGGAAGGGCCGCCCCCGGGGCCCCCCAGCCCUGACAUCUCCUCGCCCUGCGGCUCCUACAACCCGAACCCCCAGGGCCUGAUCACCUUCUCCAGCCAGCUCUUCAACUUGCUCUCGGGAGAGGGUUACCUGGCAUGGUCCCCUCUCUUCUAUGGAUUCUACCCGCCCCGCCCGCACCUGGCGGUCACCUACCUGUGUGCAGUCUUCGCCACUGGCCUCCUCUGCCUGCUACUCACCCUGCAGCGCUCGGUAUCUGGGAUGAAGCUGACGCUGUUGGCCGAGUCCGGGGCUCUGACCAGCUACAGUCACCGCGUGUUCUCCGCCUGGAAUUUCGGCCUCUGUGAGGACGUCCACGUGCAGCUGCGCCAGCGCAUCAUCCGCUACGAGUUGCAGAUGGAGCUGGAGGAGGAAGUGCUGCGGCGCCAGGCUGCCGAGCGGACCCUAGGCCAGCAAGCCAGGGUGUGGUUGGUGCGGGGGCUGAUCAACCUGCUGGUGUUCGCGCUGCUGGGGGCAGCGUUCUAUGGAGUCUACUGGGCCACGGAGCGCACCGUGGAGCUACAGGAGCAACCCUUUGUCCAGCAGACGCCACUGCUAAAGCUCGGGGUGGACUACCUUCCGUCCAUCUUCAUCUCCGGGGUCAACUUCGUGCUGCCGCCCGUGUUCAAGCUCCUCGCCCCGCUGGAGGGCUACACUCGGAGCCACCAGAUUGUUUUCAUCCUGCUCAGGACCGUGUUUCUCCGCCUCGCCUCCCUCCUGGUCCUUCUCGUUUCUCUCCGGAAUCAGAUCACGUGCCAGGGCAACGCCCAGGCUGAAGACUGCAAAACCUGUGGCUACAAUUACAAAGAACUUCCGGUGGGAAGGACGGGGGCGGGACUCCCGGGUCUCAGGGAGGAGGCGAUCCCACCUUCGAAGCUGUGUGGUCCCUUCCGGGCAUUGCCGUCCAUGUGGGCCCAGAUCCCUGAGUCGAUUUCCAGCCUCCCUGAGGCCAGUCAGAACUUCCUCUUCUUCCUGGGCACGCAGGCCUUCGCUGUGCCCCUUCUUCUGGUCUCCAGCAUCCUGAUGGCGUACACCGUGGCCCUGGCCAACUCCUAUGCGCGCCUCAUCUCCGAGCUCAAGCGCCAGAUAGAGACGGAGGCACGGAAUAAAGUCUUCCUGGCACAGCGCGCUGUGGCGCUGAGCUCCACCGAUGGGGCUCUGUGA